CAAAUGAAGCCAUGUUUUUGCUUACAAACAAGUAACGUUUACCGCCCCGAUCCGAGCUCCGUGAGCCCGUGGCCGCAUCAGUGGAGAACGACUCCCGCAUUCUCGUUUCAUUGAUUUGGAUAUACCUAAUAUCCAAUUGGAUGUUAUGGGACAAAUAGUGUGUUGAUUAGUUUUUUAAAGAAAUCUGGGAUACCUAGAAGCAUCCUACGCGGCACUGUUCAGGCAGGAAAGAUAAACAUAUAGUUUUGUGCGACGGAGAUUCUGGGAUUUUCUGCUAUUCAGAGAAUGAGUUUCGGGGUGAGCUGGUGAAUCAGCGGUGGACGCGAGGCGAGAGGAUCAGCCGCUGCGGACCCACACUCCGACUAAAGAGCCCGCCAAUCAACAUGAGUCUGGACACUGACGACAAGCGCACCCGCACACGGUCCAAAGGGGUCCGAGCUGCUGUAGAUGUAGUAGGACAAGACCUCAGCUGUCCCACCCCAGGAUGCAAUGGCUCUGGCCAUAUCAGUGGGAAAUAUGCCCGACACAGAAGUGCACUCAGCUGUCCCUUGGCCCGGAAGCGCCGUCUUCAGGAGGCAGAGCUCGAGCAGGAGCAGCCCGCCUCCAAGAGGAAGUCCCACCCCCUCAAGCUGGCCAUGGACGAGGGCUACAGCGCGGACAGCGACGGGAGCGGCGAGGAGGUAGAGCCGAAGGAGGAAGAGGAUGAGGAAGAAGAGGAGAGAGAGGAGGGAGAGCAGGAGGUCACAGAGUCCCAGCAACAGCAGCAGCAGCAGCAGCAGCAGCAGCAGGAACAGUCUCAGGAAAUGGAGGAGGAGCCAGAGGGUGAGGAGGAGGAGCCACAACAGCCGGAACAGAGGCACGAGGAAGAGGAGGCUGAUGAAGAGGAGUGUGUGAUCAUUGAGUCGUCGAGCACACAGAAGCCUAAAGGCGAGGACUACUCCAGAUACCAGCAGAUGGCAGCCAGUUCCCUGCUCAACCUGAGCCAGGUGACCGAGAGGCCGCCCAGUCCUCCGCUCGUCUCGGAGGCGGAGAGGAACGGCCAGGGAGGCUCUGAGCACUCAGCCACGGAGGACGAGGAAGAGGAGGAGGAGGAGGAAGAGGAGGAGGUAAAGAGAGGUGAGACGCGAGGCAGUGAGAAUGGAACAGAGGAAGUGAGCAGUGUGAUCUCUCGGCCGGUCAGUGAGGAGGAAGGCGGCAAAGAGCAGGCUGAGGAAGAGGAGGACGAGGUGGAUGAAGAGGAGCCAGCGGAGGCAGGAGAGAGGCCGAAAGAGUCGGACCACCAGUACUUCAGCGAGGAGCUGCACCAACACCCCGAGGAUCAGCAGAAGCAGGAGGAAGAGGAGGAGGAAGAGGAGCUGGAGGAGGGAGAGGUGACCGGACCGGAGCCAAACCAGCCGAGAGAGGAGGAGGAAGACGAUUAUGAGGAUGAAGAGGAUGAAGAAGAAGGCUGUGGUGAACUAGUGGAGCGAGGAGAGUUCAUCACCCACGGGCGCCCCAACAUCAUCACCAGCACCCACAUUGCCAUGACGGCACACAGCACCCCGGAAAGCCGCAGCAACGGCCACGGGGAUCUGGAGGAGCGGGAGAACUACAUUACCCUCGGUGCCUCCCCGCUGCACGUGCCCAUCCUUCGCAAAGCAGGCUCAUCACCUGUGGUCAUUGAGGUGCGCUCGGAGGGCUCGGAGAGAGACGAGGACGGUGAUGACGAAGGCGAGGACGACGACAGCCUAUCGCAUCGCUCGGCCAUCACCGACACCGAGUCGGAGAUGUACGACAUGACGCGCGGCAACCUGGGCCUCCUGGAGCAGGCCAUCGCCCUGAAGGCCAAGCAGGUGAGGGGGCCCCGGGGCCCACUGGGGGCCCACCUGCCAGAGCAGCAGCAGCACCACCGUUACUUCACCUUCGACGAGAGGCCCAGCCCUAAGCACCUGGACGGCCUGCGCAAGAGCUACUACAGCAAAGAUACCCCCAGACCGGAAAAGCGAGAGAUCAAAUGCCCCACCCCGGGCUGCGAUGGGACGGGCCACGUGACUGGCCUCUACCCCCAUCACCGCAGCCUUUCCGGCUGCCCCCACAAGGACCGGAUCCCACCUGAGAUCCUGGCCAUGCAUGAGAAUGUGCUGAAGUGCCCCACACCCGGCUGCACAGGACAGGGUCACGUCAACAGCAACCGCAACACCCACCGCAGCUUGUCAGGUUGCCCCAUCGCCGCAGCCGAGAAGCUGAACAAGAGCCACGACAAGCAUCUUACCCAGCCUAUGAGCGACCAUCCCAAAGGAAGCCCCAACUCUGACCGCGUACUCAGGCCCAUGUGUUUUGUGAAGCAGCUCGAGAUUCCGCACUAUGGCAGCUACAAACCCAAUGUGGUGUCCACCACGCCGCGCGCCAACCUGGCCAGGGAGCUGGAGAAGUACUCCAAGGUGUCCUUCGAUUAUGCAAGCUUCGACGCCCAGGUGUUUGGCAGGCGCAUGCUCGCUCCAAAGAUGCAUACCAGCGAAACCUCACCCAAAGCCUUCAAAUCCAAACUCUCCUUCCCCAGAGCCCCCUCUCCCAGCCACGGUCUGCAGGGUGAAAGCCGUCAGGCGUCCCGCCCUCUGACUACUCCCCCCCGGCCCGAGGGCGGCGCACAUAGCGCCACCGCCAUCCUCAACCUGUCCACGCGCUGCUGGGAGCGUCCCGAGAACCUCAGCACCAAGCCCCAGGACAAGACUAUGGAGAUUGAAGUGGAUGAGAAUGGGACUCUGGACCUGAGUAUGAAGAAGCCCAUGAAGCGUGAGGGCAGCGUGUCGGGGGCCAGCCCCGGUGUCCGCUCGCCCGAUCCCUCGUCCUCAUCCUCGUCCUCGCUCCACUACGGACACAGCGGCAUGACCUCGCCACACUCCGUCCACGCCUACAAGCAGGAGGAGUGGGACGGCCCACUGGACUACACCAAGCCCAACCGCCAGCGCGAGGAGGAGAUGGAGGAGAUGGAACACACAGCACAGUCCUUUGCCUCGUCCGACCCCGAGGACUGUGAGAUGAUGCAGGACUGCUUGGAGGACAGGAAAUACCCUGGAGAGGUCACGACCCCCAGCUUCAAGGUUAAGUUCCAGUCACCCAAGGACAUCAAGAAGGACCUGCUGUCGUGCCCCACCCCUGGAUGUGAUGGUAGCGGCCACAUCACUGGAAACUAUGCAUCACAUCGCAGCCUGUCUGGGUGUCCUCUUGCUGAUAAGAGUCUGCGGUCCCUCAUGGCAGCCCACACUCCUGAACUCAAGUGCCCCACUCCUGGAUGUGAUGGUUCUGGUCAUAUCACUGGUAACUACGCCUCACACAGAAGUUUGUCUGGUUGUCCUCGUGCCAAGAAAAGUGGAAUAAAAACGACUCCUACCAAGGACGACAAGGAGGACUCCGAGCUCAUAAAAUGCCCAGUGCCUGGCUGUGACAGCCUGGGCCACAUCAGUGGGAAGUACGCCACCCACCGCAGUGCCUACGGCUGCCCACUGGCCGCGCGCCGGCAGAAGGAGGGCCUGCUCAACGGCACCCCCUUCUCCUGGAAGGCCUUCAAGACCGAGGGCCCCACCUGUCCCACGCCAGGCUGUGAUGGCUCGGGCCACGCCAACGGCAGCUUUCUCACCCACCGCAGUCUCUCUGGUUGUCCUAGAGCCUCUCUCACCAAGAAGAAGACCCGCCUGCCUGAGGACGAUUACCUUAGCACCAAGUUCAGGGCUAGCGAUGUCCUUGACAAUGAUGAAGAUAUCAAACAGCUGAACAAAGAGAUCAAUGAGCUCAGUGAGUCCAACAAUGAGAUGGAGUCAGACAUGGUCAAUCUCCAAACACAGAUCUCGUCCAUGGAGAAGAACCUGAGGAACAUUGAGGAGGAGAACAAGCUAAUUGAGGAGCAGAAUGAGGCUCUGUUCAUGGAGCUGUCCGGCCUCAGCCAGGCCCUCAUCCGCAGCCUGGCCCACAUACGCCUGCCCCACAUGCGUGAGCCCAUCACCGAGCAGAACUUCGACAGCUAUGUCAGCACACUGACUGACAUGUACACCAACAAGGACUGCUACCAGAACCCAGAGAAUAAGGCUCUGUUGGAAACCAUCAACCAGGCUGUCAAAAGCAUCAAGGUCUGAGGGGCACGACGCACGACCAGAAGAGAGGAAGAAGAAGAAGAAGAAGAAGAAGAAGAGGAGCGACUACAGUAUAAAUAAUUGGAGUUCUGAUCUGUUGUGAAAUGUGUUUGAAGGAGAGAGGAAAAAAUGGGGGGCAUUCAGGUUAUUUUUCAAAUGCCGACUUAAACCCCAACCGUCAUCCCAAGGAGUGUUCUGUGACACAGUCAGCAUGUCAGGCGAUGGGGAGAUUGAGGGCCAAAAUUGACAAAAGCUGCUGGCUAUGGACCGAAAAGCAUGGGCAGCCCAGAACAAAAUUCUUCAGUCUGGUUCACGCAAUGGCAUAUCUGUAGAGUACUUUUUUUAUUUUACAAGCGUUCCUUUUUUUUAAUUCUGUUUUUUUUUUUUUUUUUUAAACCCAUGAUCAUGAGCGAUACCUGUCAUCUUCGUUCACCAAACAUGGUGGGCACCAGAUCAGGAGCGGAAGUGUGCAGUGAGGAAGAGUACUUGAUGUCAGCAGCACCUGCCAUCAGAGAGGCGGAAAGGGGAGGAGGAAGAACCAGCCAAUGAAAUCAAAUCUUGUGCGGUGAUCCGAACGUGCAUCAGGGAGGUAUCUACUACAUGAAAAGUCAAUCAGCUUGCAGUAAACUGUCAAGUUUCUCUACCAGUGUACAUAGCAAACGUACGUGAAGAAGGAUAGCUGUGCAACUGCAGAUCCACUUCCAGAGGCGGAAAGUCUUUUGCUCAAUAGAAUGGCUUGACCUGGUCAUGGUAUGGAAUCCUAUUCACCACAUCUUUCUGAAGUUACUGAGGAAAGAAAGAGAGAGAGCAGGACAGGUUGUGAAGGAAAAGAAAAGUAAAAGAAAGAAAGUCCUCACAAAUGCAGUGGAGGGAAAUCUGAAGAGGAGUUCACACUAAAGCUUACGGCUUCCGACCGCUUUAAGAUUGCCUUCCUGGACACUGAGGAGGAACGUUAUCUCCUAGUGCAGUUCCAUUACCAGUCCUUUGACAUCAGUCUCCUAUUGUCCUACUGUGGGGUCAGAUAUGGUACUCCAGCACCCCACAUAGCCUCUGUCCUUCAGGUUAUCAUCCACGAUUAAAAGAUGAAGAGUUUUGCUGCAGCCACUAGAUUACAUGUUUUAUCUGCUGUCUCUAGUGUGGGAGGCAGACCUUGUAAAUAUAUUUCAGUUACACUCAGUCAUAUCAAUGCUAUUUAUGAACGUUAAAAACUGCACUUCAUCGUAGUUUAUAGUGUAAUUAUUAUUGGUAUAUAAAUUAUUUAAGAUCUCUAAAAGGAUCAUAUUGUAAUUUAUUUCUAUUUUAUUACUAUUUUAUUUGAAUGUUGCCUAUUUAUUUUUUAUUUGUAUCAUUUUUCCUAUUUAAAAUUCCUAUUUAAAAACGCAAUGCAGCCCAUAGUUUUUUUUUUCCUGAGGCCAUGGAAUAUGGGAAGAUAUCAAUAUUUAAAAAGAAGCUAUAUAAUGACCAACCACGCAUACUUAUUUUGUAUAUCUUGUUUUCCUUUGAAGAUAGUUUUUUAACAUUUUUAAGUGCAAAUAUUUUUAACAGACAAAUUUUGAUAGUUUUAUAAAGUUUUUUUUUUCAUCUUAUUGUUUCUGCUUUCUGACACCCAUAACUAAGGGAAUAUUUCAAAAUGUAUUUAUUAUUUAUUUAAUAUUUAAUAACUAAUUGACUGUGACGUUGUAUAUUUUGUAAUGUCUAUGUGUUUGUGAUGACUGGGUCUGAGUAGUCUUAAAAUCCUGCUGAUAUUUAAAUAAAGAAAAAAAAUCUAUGGGGAAAAAGUAUAAAUAGUGUUUGAUUAUCUGAGGCUCACUUGGCAGAUCUACAGUUCUUUCUGGAGAACAAAAAUUGGAAAACAAAAAUACAUCCUCAACAAAAAUCUUUUUUUAGUGCCGCAGGGGCUCACCUUUGACCCAGUUAAAAUGUCAGAAAAUGUUGUUUUCCCAGUAGAAACCUGGAUAGAAAGAACCUGACAUUCUUUCAAACAUCCUGAAGCUCACCUUUGCUGCCAAGACCGCCUCACCCAAAACUUAAAGAGUUAAAUUACACCAUUCCUUGAGAUUCUUACUACUCCCAUCCCUCUUGAAGCGACAUUUUGUUCAGGAUCUGUCAGACAUGGCAGAGACAUUAAAAAGCAAGCUGAUAUCAGAUGCGUAUAUACCCUUGUAGCCUUAUUCUUCAGUUCCGUUGCUCACGCACAAAGUGCCACUAGCCCUUUUUCUUUAUCAUUCAGCAGCUACCCUUGGGUCACAUGACCAUGGCAUAGAGUCUUGAUUGUUACAGAUGCCUUUAUACCGCCAAGAUGGCCAUAAAUACACUAUGUAUACACACUGUAUAAAAAAAGAUUAAACUCUAUAUAUACAAAGAUAUAAAACAUACAUAUAUUUUUUCAGUGUAAUUGUUAACUCUUUUUCUCUUGUUGUAGCUUCUCAGAAGAAACAAAAAAAAAAUAUCAGUCCAAAAGCUGUGAGAAUAAUUUUCAAUAGGAGGAAAUUUCAAACCUAAUAAUGGCCCAGUCAACUGUGCUUUAAGGAUACAUGUGUACUAUGGUCAGUCAGUCAGAUUUCUAAAGUUCUAGAAAGCCGGGAUUCUUUGUAUAGUUUCAUAUCCCUGUUCAUUUGUCAUCAGUCUACACAGGAUGUAACUGUGUGUAUUGUCAUAUCCUUGUCAUUUGAUCUGGUGAUGACUAAAUCCUAUAUUGUGUGUUCCUUGCAUUUGAGUGCACAAGCAUGUGCAUAUGGUGUAGAUGCAGUUCAUGCACAGCGAGUACUCCAUGGUGGUGAUACUUGUACGUCCUUAGUAUUGUACAGUGUUGUGAAGUUACAAUGGAAGAAACUGGAGUUGUGUUUCAGAUACUGAUCCCAAGAAUUGUGUCAACAAUGAACUAUUAUAGAAUGGACAAGAACAUGCUUUAACUGCAAGACAACCCAUGUACUCCUCAGUUAGUUAGUGGCUUUGUGAAAAAUGGUGUAGAGUUAGGUAUGAUGUAAGUCAUAAGUUUCUUGACCAUACAAUAGGUCUCUUUUGUGCACUUUUUAAGUGUUUCCAAUGCCAGCAAUGAACCUAGGAUCCAAGGCAAUGAAACAGACAGGACAUGUGUGAAUAUGAGUGACAUCACUGGCUAUGAAUGAUACAAUUGUGUAUGUAUGACCUGUAUUGUUGUUCUCGCUGUCUCAAAUGUACAGUGCUUUUUGCCACAGGUUCUUUGAAUUGUGAUUCAAUGGACAUCCAAUGAGAAUGUAUAUGAGCAGAACACUGUGUAUCUGACACAUACCAACCAUCAAAUCCUUCCCACAGUCCUAUCAAACUAAUACACAAGCCUUCAUGCCUGCUCAGUCAAUGGAAGCAGUGUUUGCUUGUUAUAAAUUGGGAGCCCUGAAUCUGGGUAUAAAGUUUGAGGUUACACUGUGCCUCUCUCUCAGUCAGACAGGAUUACGUAUGUCUGAUUUUUUGUGGCCAUUUUGUCUGUUUUUUCUGUCCCUUCUAUUGCAUGAAAGUAUUAAACUAGAGGAUGAUUAAGUCUUUUUUAUCAUUUUGAAGCGUUCCCUAAUUGAGAAAUGCUGCCCCUCAGUUAUUGUGCCAUUUAAGAUGUUGAUGACAUUGAUCUCAGUUCUUCCAGUUAAAGCCUUUUGCCCUAUGGAAUUUGGAACCAAAAAUAUACUGCCCAGUUCAUCAACAAUAACCAUUGAUUUAUUCAAUGCCAAUACACCAUUACUGUCAACAGUUCCCCUUUUUUGGCAUCAUCAAAGCACCAAACAUCUAAAUAAUUACUGUAUUAUUAGACAUGAUCACUAUCUAAUAGCACAGGGAAACCCAUAAGGUAUUAACAAAGCAAAUGCCUGACUAGUUGCUUGAAAAGGGUUGGCAUUGGUGAAGAUGGCUUGCAAAGAAGACUGCUGAUGCACUAAUGAUGUCAUACCAUCACAUGUUGUAUUGAGUCACUUAGAGUCUAAAGCACUAUCCAGUGUUGGCCACUGCGUCCUGGUUCUCUGUUGUGUGUCCACUAUCACCCUAAUGGUUCUUAGGUUCCUUCUUUUGUUUGGAUUUCACUAAAUAGUUUGACAACUGGGCUAUGGGCCUUUACCCCAUGCUGUUGCACUAUACUUGACUGGAGCAAAUGUAUCCUUCCUCUGGUGGCAUAUAAACGUAUUAGCAUAAUGGAUAAAACCUGUGUCUAUCUUUGGUCUGAUUGGAUGCACUAUGUGUUAUAACUGCAAUAGGGAUUUGAGUAGUGUUCGUUGAGUAGUAUUACAUACUCGUAAUACUCAAUUAAUAGAAGCUACUGUAAUUCUAGGCCCAUGGAUCUCUGAUAUGGUCUCUUCAGCAUAACUCACAGGCACAAUCAGGUGUCUUUACUUGUGUGUCCUAAAAUGCCAAGUCGGUGGCAAAACGACUAUCUAGAUAUGUAAAUGUACAUUAACAUUUGUUUGAGUAUUUUGAAAGCAUACACAUACAAAAUACAUAGACGAAAGGCAUGUUUCUGACAACAGUUUGUUCCAUUAAGUUGGUAUAACCAAAAUUUGCCCUCAUAGGUACUGUAGCUUAAUGCUGUGUGACUCAUCAUGUGUGCCUUUCUCAGUCCACUCACAGCAGGAAAGGAUAUGUUUACAUUUGGGAUCUAGGUUCAUAUCUCGCUCAGGAUGAAGGCGGGCAGGGGGAGGGGGAUAUCUUAGGGUCUUGAUGGGGCGGGUUGGAAUGGGAACAGGGAUUUUGCUCCACACUAAAAAAAAAAAAACAAACAGGUUAAUGAUGCCUGUCGCUGUAGGCAUGUUUUUAAAAAAUAAAAACAUAUUAGUCUAUUACCAUUUAGACACCUUCAAUUUGUUACUGAGACAUGAAACAUUAAUGUUUUCACGUGACUCAAGAGGGAAAAACAUUGAAAUUCUCACACACAAAACUGUGAUUUGAUCGUGUUAAUUCAGGUAUUGCACAGCAUGAGAAGCCAAGCGUCUGUGAAGGAAAGAUUGAAAUAAACGCAAAACAUACUGAAGAAGAUGCAUACGUGCAUAGGGCAUUACUCUGACACCAAUGGGACUCUGUACAAACUUGUAUUAAAGAACAGUGUUAUGGUUGUUGUACUAAAGAAAAAAUGCAAAAAAAAAAAAAAAAAAAAGGUUUGUGAUGCCAGUCACAGCCAAGGUCUAUCCAGCUAGAGCAUUUUUACAGAGAUGAGCUAUUUUUACUGGUCAUUUUCUAGACAUAGGUAAUGCUCUCCUUUAGGAAAACAAAAAAAAAAUGAAUAGGUACUUCCAAAAUAAAGAGCACUUCCACAGUGAUAGAUGAAUUUUAUUGUUAAUUUUUGUAGAGGUGGUUGUUCCUUUGCUACUGUGCCAUUUUGUAGAGCGGGAUGGACCUUGGCUGUGCACAUAUAGAUAUAUCUUUGCGUUUUUUGUUUAAUUUUUAAUUUAUGUGCAUUUUUGGAAGUGACUACAGUAGUUGGGUCUGGAUUGUGACUGUGUUUGUGUACCUAUGUACUCGUGUUGAAGUGUCAGUGUUAAAACCAGGAACAGUGAUGUCUUAUUGUGAGGGAGGGGGGUAUGAUUCAUUUUAAUGUUAUCUAUUGAAAACAUUAAUAAAGAACAAAUACCUUUGA